AUGGAAUUGGAAAGGAAUCGUCCAUGGCGGCUGGGGGGAGACAGCUUUGGCCUGCGUGACUUGAAGCUCAGGGCCAGCUUACAGUCAAAAUGUGCUGCCAGCCUGUUCUCAAAAUGGGCUAGUUUCGCAAGACCUUUCAGUGCAAAAGCAGCUGGAAAUGAGGUCAUUGGAAUUGAUUUGGGAACUACUAACUCAUGUGUGUCUGUUAUGGAGGGAAAGAAUCCAAAAGUUAUCGAGAAUGCCGAAGGUGCUAGAACAACACCAUCUGCUGUUGCUUUUAAUCAGAAGGGAGAGCGCCUUGUUGGAACUCCUGCCAAGCGCCAAGCUGUAACAAAUCCCCAGAAUACUUUCUUUGGAACAAAGCGCCUGAUCGGACGCCGCUUUGAUGAUCCACAGACACAGAAAGAAACGAAGAUGGUGCCAUGCAAAAUUGUCAGGGCUCCAAAUGGUGAUGCGUGGGUUGAAACAACAGAUGGCAAGCAGUACUCACCAAGCCAGAUGGGUGUGUUUGUGUUGACCAAGAUGAAGGAGACAGCAGAAUCUUACCUUGGAAAAUCUGUCUCCAAGUCUGUGAUAACUGUUCCAGCGUACUUCAAUGACGCGCAGCGUCAGGCCACAAAGGAUGCAGGUCGCAAUCCUGGCCUCGAUGUUGAAAGGAUCAUCAAUGAACCGACAGCCGCUGCUCUGUCUUAUGGAAUGAAUAACAAGGAGGGUUUGAUAGCAGUCUUUGAUCUUGGAGGAGGAACUUUUGAUAUCUCUAUUCUGGAGAUCUCAAAUGGAGUCUUUGAGGAUGCAGGAAUAUCUACUAAAGAUGUGGAUGAGGUACUUCUUGUUGGUGGGAUGACCAGGGUUCCAAAAGUACAGGAGGUGGUCGCUGAAAUUUUUGGAAAGAGCCCAAGCAAAGGAGUCAACCCUGAUGAAGCUGUGGCCAUGGGUGCUGCCAUUCAAGGUGGAAUUCUCCGUGGAGAUGUUAAGGAGCUUCUUCUCCUUGAUGUUACUCCCCUGUCACUUGGUCUUGAGACGCUUGGUGGCAUCUUCACCAGGUUGAUCAACAGGAACACUACAAUUCCUACAAAGAAAAGCCAGGUGUUUUCAACUGCUGCUGACAAUCAAACCCAAGUAGGUAUCCGUGUGCUGCAAGGUGAGCGUGAGAUGGCUGCAGACAACAAGCUCCUGGGUGAAUUUGAUCUCGUUGGCAUUCCACCUGCUCCAAGAGGCAUGCCUCAGAUCGAGCAUCGAGAAGAGAGCUUGGGAGAGUACAGGGACAAGAUUCCGGCUGAGGUUGUGUCCGAGAUUGAGGCAGCCGUCACUGAUCUCCACAAGGAGAUGACCUCGGACGACAUUGAGCAGAUAAAGGCCAAGCUCGACGCUGCAAAUAAGGCCGUCUCAAAGAUCGGAGAGCACAUGUCUGGUGGUGGUGCAGGUGGUUCACAAUCAGGAGGAUGUCAGGGUGGUGGUUACCAGGCUCCUGAGCCCGAGUACGAGGAGGUUAAGAAGUGA